UAUAUCUAUAUGGGACACCAAUAAUACUAUUACUCAACGUUCCUUGUAAUAAAUAAAUUCAAUACGUUUAUUAUUCAGUUACAGUAAAUAUCAUUUUUUGCUAAAAAAGAAAGUGGCUGCUGCUUCAUGCAGUUCUUCGUCUAAAAUCAAACAAGCUCUCUUUUAAGAGCAACAGGUAAUUUCACGUUCGCAUAAUAGCAUUUUCAGUUAAUCUGAUUUAGACGCACCUACUCCUGGCUGCGACCAUACUGAAAUGUUACUGGAUGAUCAUCCUAUACAACACCAACAGGCUACACUUCUCAUUUACUGAGACUGUUCCCAGGUGAAUCUUCGAAUUCAGCCUGGGAGAGCGUGCUGCUUGCUUAGCACAGAAAGCAUAUUAAGCCUGGCAAGCAAAGGGACAUUGAAGGAGAACUAAGGCUGAGCAACCCGAGCCGAGGAGGCACUCAGGGUUCGAGGCGACCACUCGCUCCUUCCCCCGCGCGGCGCCCAGACCUGUUCUCUCUGCCGGAUCGGAGCCCCCCGCACACCCGCCAACCAUGCCCCUCCUUAGCGGCCACGAGGCAGUCCCCCUGGGACAGGAGGAGCUGGCUCAGCAGGAAGAGCAUUUUGUCGGCUUCACCCACGGCUUGGUUCGGCUCACGCCCGGGAGCUGGUUCCUUCCCGCAGCCUUCACCAACUUUGCCGACAAGAUUUACAACUUCCAGUGGCGGAGUGACGACGUGCUGGUGAUGGCCUACCCUCGCAGCGGCACGAGCUGGCUGCAGGAGGUCGUGUGGACCAUGAAGAACAACCCCGACCUCGAGAACCCGAUGGCCGACAUGCCGCUCCUGGCUAGGAGCCCCUAUGUUGACAUGGACAUGAUGAUGGAUGGCAAGAAGAUGCCGCCCCUCGCGCCGGACAACCCUCUACUGCAGGGCUUCAUCAAGAUGUGCCCAGGAGGAAAUCCGGCUGACGGAGUCAACCUGCAGCUGACUGCAGCCACACCCAGUCCCAGAAUCAUCAAGACACAUCUCCCCCUGCCCCUGUUACACCCAAGCUUGCUUGACACUGUUAAGGUGGUGUACGUGGCUCGGAACCCCAAGGACGUCGUCGUGUCCCUGCACCACCACUGCCGCCUCCUCCAGACACUGGACUACUCGGGGACCCUGGAGCAGUUCGUCAAGUACUUCGUGGAGGAUGACGUGGUGUACGGGCCGUACUGGCGACACGUGAAGGAGGCCUGGGACAAGCGCGAGGCCCCCAACCUGCACUUCGUCUUUUACGAGGACCUGAAGGCCGACCCGGCCUCGGAGCUCAAGAGGCUCGGCGGCUUUCUGGGCUGCGACCUCACCAAGGACCAGCUGCAGAACCUCAUCAAGUACACUAGCUUCGCCGAGAUGCAGGCGCGGGACAACGUGAUGGGCGUCAAGUCCGCCGAGAACCCUGUCAUGAACCAGGGCGUGGUCAAGGAGGACGGCGGCUUCUUCAGGAAGGGCGAGGUGGGCAGCUGGAAGGAGCGGCUGCCGGCGGAGGCGUCGGAGCGGCUAGAGCAGUGGGCGGCAAAGAACCUUGAGGGCAUCCCCUUCAAGUACAGCAUCUGAGCUCAACACCACGCCUGCAACGCCUGCUUCCCGACAGCGCGUUUAUCGGAUUAUGCACAAUGAUAAUCUGGAACCGCUUGCAGAAACUGCAAUCGGAGAAUCUAUAAGCCUAUAUAAAUCGCGAGCUAUAUGCUUCAUGUUUCGCUCAUGCCUUUACAGCUGUGUUUGCUGUAUCAAUGUGUUAGCAUCAAUGAACUUUAUGACUCAGCUACUUCAGUGUGAAUGUUAAGCAUUUACCUUUCGCACAUAAGGAUAUAUCCAACUUCAUAAAAAUCGUUUUGUUAUUCUUACACUGUAUUGCCUUGCUUGUAUGUGUAUGUGCACGAGGCGAACUUGUUUAAAGGCAUAUAGCAAAUCUUUUACACACAUAUGUCAGUAGAACCCCCGCCCCUAUAGAAGACUUGCGAACUGUGAAUCAAGCGGCUACUGUAAUAACGAUGAGAACACGUAGAAUGCAAACUUGGACGUCCUCCCCUUUCUCUCCUCUUCCCACUGGCCAUUGCUCCUCCCGUCUAACCCUCUCCCCUUAGUUAGCUGCAGACCCAUGUAUCCCGCGAUGGUCUUAUUGCCAGACUGCCACUAGCACUUUAUUCUGCUUGACCUUAUUGCCGCGCCAGUGUGCCUGGAGAGAGUCAGUCUAUUGGUCUAUCUAUCUAAUACUGCGUUUGAUUUGUGAAUGGUUUAAGGACUGAAAAUAUAUAUUCAUUAAAUAGA